AUGUCGACACUAUCGUCUCCUCGUCCGUCCAUCGCUUCCUCCAGAGCCCAUUCCCCAGGGCCAGCUUCAUCUCGCGCCUCGCUCGAUGCCUUGAACACCAGCGUCAGCGGGGGUCUCAGCGCCGCAUCCACUCCAUCCACUGCACGAGCGCUCUCCCCCUCACUCCCUCCCCGACGCAAUCGCAACGCCCUCCGAGACUAUUACAACCUCAAGCCCCCAAGCGCAGAAACAUCUGCUCCCCGGGAUGCAUCCCGCUCCCGCAGCGCGCCACGAACUACAGAUGCAGGAGACAUCUCCGACCCAUCAGCUCUGGGGUCGGGAACGGAGCUCGACAGUGCAGACUUCAACCCGCAGCGAUAUGUCGAUCAUCUAUUAUCAACAUCAUCGCUAGCUACGGUGCUCAAGGCGGAGAACACGUUGGUUGGAGAUAUCCGAACUCUAGAUGGAGAGCGGAAGGCGCUUGUUUACGAUAACUACUCGAAGUUGAUUCGAGCUGUGGAGACAAUUGGCAAAAUGCGACGUAGUAUGGAUGAGCGCGAAGCUCCGUUGACUAUGACGAAAACGCUAGGUCCGGCCAUUGCCUUUGUUGCCGAGACUGCUGGUGGGCUCAUCAAGGAAGGCGAGGAGCAACGCCGGCGAAUGAAAGAUGCGAAGCUUGCAGACGAGGCUUCAAGCCAGAAGAAUGAGAAGGACACUGUUCGAUGGGUCCUUGCUGCGCCUCAGAGGUUGGAGAAACUUUUGGCGGAGGAUAAACAGGAGGAUGCGGACAAGGACUGGAAAGAGAUCCAGCAUUUGCUCGAUACCUGGGGCGCAGUUAAAGGUGUUGCUGAGAUUAGGGAGGCAUGUGAGAAAAUCAUGAAUCAGGCAGACCACGAUGAAUGA